UUUAAAAACGAAUAACUGGUACUUGUCGAAUGUCGACCUGUCAAAACUUGAAAAAUUGAAAACAUUGACUAAAAUUGGAAUUGUAUUUUGGUGAUUGGUCCCGUUAUCGGGGAAAAUAAAUUAAAACAUCUAUCUAUAAUUUAUAAAAAACAACAAAAUGGGGCAGAUUAUGGGAUCAUUUAACGCACGAAAUGUAGAUCUUUACAUGGACGAUAAGCCUACAUUUGAGCCCCAAGAAGGAUUCAAUUUUGAACGAAAACAGCGAGAAAUGAUAGCUAAGGAAGAGGAUCUUAUAUCAGCACGUAUUCCACCAAAGUUUAGGGAUUACUGCGCACACUAUCUACUUGACUAUCAAGUGUGCCGCUACAAUAAAAUGCCAAUGUUAUACAAGUGUGCGCAUGAGAAGCAUGCCUACUUGAACUGUGAACAUGAUGAUUAUGUCCUUCGCAUGAAAGAAUUUGAACGUGAGCGUCGUCUACGAGUAAGAGAAAACAAAAUUGUUGGAGUAGCAGCAUGAGCUCAAUAAAUCAACACUAGAAAAAUAUUUCUAAUUGUAAAUAUCUACUGAAAUAAAUAGAUUGUUGCAGCAGUUGUACUGUAA